CUCCAGCCUUUGGGCUCGAACAGCCGUCUCCGAGCUGUGCCUCUGGAACAGAGAUGGCACCUGCCAACGAGCAGGAGAUGCAGAAAGAGCUGGAGAAAUUCAAGGCGAUGCAGGAAACCCUGCAGAAAGCCUACGAAGCGCGUAUGGGUUUGAUCGCCCAGCAGCAGGAGACCGAGCUGGUGAAAGAAGAGAUCGACUCCAUUGAGGACGAUGCAGUUGUGUACAAAUUGGUCGGCCCAGUCAUGGUCAAGCAGAACAUCGAUGACGCAAAGGGAAACGUGUCAAAGCGCUUGGACUACAUCUCUGGCGAACUGGAAAGGUCAAAUAAGAUCAUUGCGGAAAAAGAGACCGAACUUGGAGACAAGCAGAAGCACUUGAUCAAGAUGCAGCAAGAAUUGCAGAGCAGUUGAAGAGAGUGAAGAGUUAGCCACAUUUCUGCUCCCUUGGCAUCUCACGGCAAAAGCCUCGUGACUCGACAUUGCCCCGUGGGAGCUUGAGACAUGGCCAACCGGAAUAGGUGGUAUGUCGGAUGUCGGAUGUGGCUCAGUGCAGAUGGCAUUUCGUCAAAAGAGAUGUCGCCAUUGUCCCAUUUGGAUUCUAACUUGCGGGGAUGUCUUGC